AAUAAUAAAAUGCCUUGUUUUCGCCGUAGUGUAGCCGCAAAACAUAUAAUAGUGUAGCAGCAGAAAAAGACGGAGGAAAAUGGGUGGUGUUAGAGAUGUCCAAAUCAGGUACAAGAAGUUGUUCAUCAACAACGAAUUUGUGGAUGCAGUGAGCAAAAAGACCUUCCCCGUUAUAAAUCCAACUAACGGGCAAGUUAUAGCUGAAGUAGCUGAAGCUGAUAAGGAAGAUGUUGAUAUUGCAGUUGCAGCUGCCAAAGCUGCUUUCGCCAGGGGUUCAGAAUGGCGUACAAUGGAUGCUUCGGAAAGGGGAAAGCUCAUCAAUAAUCUGGCAGAUUUGAUGUUAAGAGACAUAAGUGACCUAGCGGCCCUAGAAACACUGAAUAACGGCAAACCUUUCGAAGACGCUUUGUUUGACGUCCAUUGCGCUAUAGAUGUGUUGAGGUAUUAUGCUGGUUACUGCGACAAAAUCCAUGGAAACACUAUACCUUCGGAUGGAGAAUUUUUCACUCUGACCCGCAAAGAACCGAUCGGUGUGGUGGGUCAAAUAAUACCAUGGAACUAUCCCAUCCUCAUGCUCGUCUGGAAGUGGGCCCCCGCCUUGGCUGCGGGCUGCACCAUCAUUCUAAAACCUGCCGAACAGACCCCCCUUACGGCUCUGGUUAUGGCUGCUCUUAGCAGAGAAGCUGGUUUCCGUAAGGGUGUUAUCAAUGUGCUUCCAGGCUACGGACCCACCGCCGGAGCAGCCAUUUGCUUGCACAACGACGUGAGGAAGAUUGCUUUCACUGGAUCUACUGAGAUAGGGCAUUUAAUAUUGGAGUAUGCUGCAAAAUCCAAUUUAAAAUCUGUUGGUUUGGAGCUUGGUGGGAAGAGUCCAUUGGUUAUUUUUGAUGAUGCUGAUGUUGAUGAGGCUGUCGAGAUAGCCCACAACGCAAUCUUUGCAAAUCAUGGCCAGAAUUGCUGCGCAGGAUCUAGGACUUUUGUACAAGCAGGGAUCUACGAUGAAUUUGUGCAGAAAGCCGCAGAGAAAGCCAGCGCGAGGAAAGUUGGGGAUCCUUUUGAGUCCGGAAUCCAACAAGGACCUCAAAUUGAUAAGCCUUCAUUGGAUAAAGUGUUAAGAAUGAUUGAAGCAGGGAAAAAUGAGGGAGCACAGUUGGAGGCUGGCGGAAGUCAAAUCGGCGAAGAGGGCUUCUUUGUGCAGCCCACAGUUUUUUCAAAUGUCACAGACGACAUGACCAUUGCAAGGGAGGAGAUUUUCGGACCCGUCCAGUCUAUCUUAAAGUUCGAGACUCUAGAUGAAGUGAUCGAGAGGGCCAACGACACCCCUUAUGGUUUAGCUUCCGGAGUCGUCACCAAGAAUAUCAACAACGCCUUAGUGUUCUCCCAAGCUGUCGAAGCGGGAUCUGUUUGGGUUAACUGUUACGAUGCUAUCACUCCACAAACACCGUUUGGUGGGUACAAGAAGUCAGGAUUCGGCAGGGAUCUGGGUGAGGAUGCUCUCAAGGAAUAUCUACACAUCAAAACAAUAUCUAUUAAAGUACCGACAAAGAACUGAAUUAAAGGCUUAAGAAAUACAUUAUCAUUAUUAUAUUGGAUUAUAUUUUAUAUAGGUACAAAUUUA